AUGGCCGCUAGAGCACAUGAUGUGGCUGCAUUGGCUAUCAAAGGAAUUUCCGCCAUUCUCAAUUUCCCUUAUCUCAUCGACUCUCUGCCUCGUCCAGUGUCAAAUUCACCUAGAGAUAUUGAAUUGGAGGAAGUUGUACGAAUUGCUCAAGGUGAAGCAUUUGGAAUUUCGGCACGAGUACUGGGACGUGGUGCUGGACGUGGUGCUGGACGUGGUGCUACUCGGGGUGGCGGUCAAGUUGGGGUUCAUCAAACUAGAAGACAGACUGCUCCUCAACCUCAAGUUGGGAACACGGGUCAACCCCAAGCUGUUAUGCCAGAUCAAGUGCAAGAGCAGGGAGUUCAGAACGCUCCACACCAGUGCCAACUGUUGUACCUACUGUUGCCUUACCUGCAGAUGCAGUGGCAAGGUUAUUGA